AUCGGCUGCAUAUCCCUACUUGAUUGCGUCCAACUCCUCGUUUGGGGUGCUUGGUCGUCCACCCGUUGCUCCACCCCAGGUCGCCAACCUACAACAGCCGAUUGCACGACAGCCAUCUCUGGAAGCUCAGGUUGCAACGACCAACCCGCCCGGAACUAUUUCUUCCUAUAAAGUUCGUCCUCUCUUUUGUGUCGUCUGUGCCAGCAACCAGAAUCGGUCGAUGGAAGGCCACAACGUUCUGUCACAAGGUGGAUACCGAGUUAUUUCCUUUGGUACUGGAUCAGCUGUGCGCCUCCCCGGGCCAUCGAUAGACAAGCCGAACGUGUACCCGUUCGGUACUCCAUAUAACACAAUAUAUGAAGAACUGAGUCAAAAAGACGCUCGACUAUAUACAGCAAAUGGACUCCUGCAAAUGCUUGAUCGCAAUAGAAGGAUAAAACUCGCGCCGGAACGAUGGCAAGAGAGUAAAGCUGUUGCAGAUAUCGUUAUUACAUGUGAGGAGCGAUGUUUCGACGCCGUUUGCGACGAUCUUCUUUCACGCGGAGGGGAUCUGAAUCGACCAGUCCAUGUUAUCAACAUCGAGAUCCGAGACAACCAUGAAGAGGCAUGGAUAGCAGGGAAGGCCAUGUUGGAUCUGGCGGCAGCGAUUGAAGCCUCCAACGAUAUUGACGAGGACAUAGACCAAAUACUGAGGACACAACAGGAAAAACAUCCACAUCCUUUACUUCACGCUGUAGCAUAUUACUGAUAUGUAUGAACCCCAUCACC